CUCUCCCCACAGCUUCUCCCCAUCUCCCCGCCCCACGUUAAGUUGCUGAUUUAUGCUGGUUCAUGGCCAACAGCCAUGGGUUGGACGUAGCAUUUUCCUAAGCUCCUAUUGGACGAAAAUAUAGCGGCUCGAUCUCUGAUUGGUUGAAAGAAUCAGAGCGCCCCGUUUCUCCCUCUACACUCUUCCGGUUUAUAUGUUGAAGGAAAAAAAAGAAAAGACGAAUGGAAAAAAUUGCAAUCCAGAGAACGACCAUUGCUUAGUUAUUUAGCGGUCAGCAAAUACUGAAAUGAGCUCACAGCAAUUCCCUCGACACGGGCUGCCUACUUCCAGCGGAGGAACCCCUCAGAUCCCUGCUGCCCCAAACCUGAUGCCUGUCAACCAGCCAUCAUCUGCUCCAGCUGUCGCUGAAGGAGACAGCAGUCGUGAAGCCGAUCACAGUCAGCAAGAUCACCCACCUGCUCCCAGUGGAGGGACUUUAGCCUUUAGAGAUGAGAAGCAGGAGACCAUGGUGGUCAGACCGUACCCUCAAGUGCAGACACAUGGACAGCCACAAGCUGCUCCUCAAACUGUGUCUAUCCAGCCUGGUGCCCCGGUGACCGUACCUGCACCUUCUGUGCACCUCCCACAGGGACAGCCUGCAGUCCUCACCGAGGGACAGAUGAAGGCUGUUCUGAAACCACCGAUGCCAAGUCGACUUAUUGCUCCAGCACCAGCUUCCAACCAGACCCAUAUUCCAAUCCCUCCCAAGGUGCCUAGUCACAUCACUGUCACCAUUGAAAGCAGCAUUGCCCCCACCCCAUCCAUCCCCGUGGCAACAAUCAGUGGUCAGCAGGGUCACUCCAGCAACUUACACCAUCUGAUGCCAGCUAACAUUCAGAUCAUUAGGGGACAGAUUGGCACCCCCACCGUUUCUCCUCAAACGUUCACAUCCCAUUUACCUCGUGGAGCUGCUGCAGCCGCUGUCAUGUCCAGCUCCAAAACUGUGUUACGACCAGCCACCGGAGCCGGUGCAGGACCUGGCCAACCUGCAGUGCAGCACAUCAUCCACCAGGCUAUUCAGUCUCGACCUGCUGUAACAACUUCUACAGCUGUACUUCCGACUGUGGUGGCUCCUAUUUCAGCAACGAGAACUCAGUCUCCAGUGAUCAGUCCGACUGUCACACACUCUGAGGUGGCUCAUGGGCGGCCAGCUCUAACGAUUCACACCACUCCCACCGUCAGGCCUCAGACUUCCCGUGACUCCACCACGCGGAUCACACUGCCAUCACACCCUGCAAUUGGAGCUCAGAAGCCCCAGCCCCCACACACCAUGGCACAGAAGCCUAUUUUUAGUACGGUGGCACCAGUAGCUGCAGCGACGGUGGCACCAAUUGUCGCCACCAACACUGUAUCGUCCACAACCACGAUAGGCUCUGUGCCGCACACACAGAUGACCAGUAGUACUAUCGUCACCAUGACGAUGGCGUCACACUCUUCUCACGCUACAGCAGUGACCACCUCUGCUAUUCCUGUUGCAAAAGUGGUCCCCCAGCCCAUUGCCCACUCGUCGUCCCGUGUUCAGCCUGACUACCCUGGAGAGAGAACUAACCUCAUCCCCAUUCCUGGACACAGGUCUUCUCCUAACCCUGUCACCAUGGAAACCAGAAGUGACAAUAGGCCCUCUGUACCAGUUCAGUUCCAGUAUUUUUUGCCAACGUAUUCAUCCUCAUACCCUCUGACUCAGACCUACACCCCGAUCAGCAGCUCUGUCUCCACCUUACGUCAGUAUCCAGUCACCCCACAAGCUCCAAGUUCAGCUCUGCCCACGCAGGCUGGAGUGGGCGUGGCUACUACUGUCCACCUGAACCACAUGCAGCUGAUGGCGGUUGACCGGAUUGGUUUGCCUUCAGCCCAAAUCAGCACCCAGGGGAUCCAGCAAGCACCAAUUGCUGCACAAGGCAUCCAGCCUGCGCAGAUGGGAGUUCAGAGCCUGCACCCGUCUGCACCCAUCACAACUCAAGGAAUACAGCAGGCGCCGAUAGUCACACAGCAGCAGCAGCAGCAACCUCAAAGUGAAGCAAAGCCUGGAGUUGUGUUGGCUGAUGGCUUUGUUGCUAGUCCCAUUAGCACCACCUUUGGCACCACCCAGCCUGUAGCCACCAUGGUGCAGGGUCACACUCAGGGAGGAGUGGGAGGAGGUCCCACUCUGGUUUCCUCCCCUCGACCCAGCAUUCUCCGCAAAAAACCGGCAAAUGAAACGUGUGUUCGUAAGAACCUGAUUCCCGCCCAAGCCAGUGAACCCAGCGGCGCUAGGAUUGAGAGUGGGGGUGUGAGAGGAGCCGGUUCUCCUCGGCCUGCUGGUGUCAAACCCAAAACUGAAGUGCACAUGGCUAUGGCCCCCCCAGUCAUGGCUGCAGUAGAGGCACUACCUGCUCAGGGAGGGGAGCAGCAGGGCGUGGUCUCCAAUCCUCAGCACUUGGCCCAGGCCAUCCCCACCUUGCUCGCCACGCCAGGACCCGUGCCUCCCUCCCAACCCUCGACUGUUCUCUCGGCCUUGCCGGCCGCCAUGGCUGUGACGCCCGCCGUUCCUGCAUCAGUGGCCAACACGGUGGCCUCCCCCACUCAGCCUGCAGCGAGUAGCACAGCAGCGUGUGCUGCUAGCUCCACCUGUCCAGAUGUGAAAGUCAAACAGGAGGCGGAGCCUAUGGAAACUUCACAGCCAGAUCCCAGUUCAGGUAUGUUAUCAGCACAGACCAUCACCACCCAGGCCUCCACACUCAGCGCUCCUGGAACAGGAGAUCUGAUUCCUGGGGCCUCUCCGAGAAAAAAGCCCCGCAAACAGCAGCACAUCAUUUCAACCGAGGAAAGCGAAAUGGUUGAAACAAACAGCACAGAUGAAGAGAAGGCUCCAGGCAGGCCCAUGAGCAGCAGGGCGGAGCGGCGGGAAUCUCCACCUCGAGAAUAUGUUGAUGAAGAAGGAGUGAGAUAUGUGCCUGUCAAGCCCCGCCCACCUAUUACCCUUUUGCGGCACUACCGUAACCCUUGGAAGGCUGCUUACCACCACUUCCAGAGGUAUAGCGACAUUCGGGUCAAAGAGGAUAAGAAGGGCACAUUACAGGAUAUGGCUAAUCAGAGAGGCGUGGCCUGCAGAGCACAAGGCUGGAAAAUUCACUUAUGUGCCGCGCAACUUAGACAGCUGUCGAGUUUGGAGCACGACGUCUACAGCCGCCUCUCCUCCCUCCAGGAGGGCCUGAUCCCAAAGAAGAGAGCCGGCGCCGAUGAUGACCUUCACCGAAUCAAUGAGCUCAUACAG